AUGUCUCCGUCAAUCUUCCCAUCUUAUCUCGUGCCCUCUCUACCAUUUCGCCGCCGUAAAUCAAGCACUGACUCCAAUGUCUCCAACUCAAGCACCAGCACAAAUGACAGCUCAAGCUCAGACAACUGCUUCCCAAGCGACACAUCCCUCAUACGCUGUUCCCGCUGUCUGGCCGACCUAGCACUAACGAGCCAAAUCGUCUCCAAAGGCUUCACAGGCCGCCAUGGACGCGCCUACCUUGUCUCUGCCUCUGACAGCUGGAUCCAAGCGACCCCAAUUUCAAGCAAGAGAGACACUCUGCCCAAUCUACCGAAUAUCUUCACUCAUAAGCCUGUUUCGAGGCAACUUGUCACUGGAGCUCACACGGUUAGCGACAUUAGCUGUGCUCAGUGUGGCAGUGUGUUGGGUUGGAAAUAUGUCGCUGCUGAGGAAGAAUCUCAACAAUACAAAGUCGGCAAGUUUAUCCUGGAAACCAGACGCACUUGUCGGGAAAGUGGUUGGCAGGGCGAGGCAGAUGCUGUUGUGGAAGCUGGCGGUGUCGCUGCAAAGAAUGGGUUGGGAGCACUGGAUGAUAUCGAGUUCGACAGCCAGGACGAAGACGAGUGUGAAGAUUUGUUCAUGGGGGUCUGGACACUUCAAACCGCAGCCAGAAGACGCAAGAAGAAGGCUUUCUCGAAACAGAGUAGUUGA